AUGUGGCCCUGGGGGCAGAUGUGGCCCAGCCCCGCCGCCUCGCCAGCUCUUUUCCCCCUCCUCUUGCUGGCGCUUCCCGCCUCUCUCCAGGCGGCGGCGGCACCGGCAUCAGCCUCGGAGACCCUCGCCGCCGCGCCUCCUGCCGCCCAAGCCCAGCCCAGCCCGGCCGGCCUUUCCGCUUCGCCAGGGAGGAGCCACCCCCGCAGUCGCGGCCUCGCCGAGCAGCAGCAGCAGCAGGCAAAGCGCGCCGCCGCCGCCGCCUCCACUGGCCCCAUGGAGAUCCCGCCGGGCCAUUAUCCGGCCACGCGAGCCAGCGGCGUGGUGGGCAAAUACAUCAACUACCAGCACGGCGGCCCCAACAAGCUCUUCGAGGUGCGCCAAGUCAGCCAAGCCAGCCGAGAGGACAUUGCAGGUGUCGGGCAUAAAUACCGUCUUAAGUUUUCAAUAGCAGAAAUCCUUUCCAAAGACAGCCCUGUGAACUGCACAGCUGAGAUUCUUUAUCAUCAUGGUGACCAGCAUGUUGCUCCAGAAGUCCAUUACACAGUGGAAGGAGAGUUUGGGAAGAAUACAGAGCAAGUGGAUAAUGAAUUCUACAACAGAAUCAAAAACCUGUCGGAAUUACUAGAGGCACAACACAUUCCAGACAGUCAUGGGAAUAUAACUGCUGAAAUGGAGCCUGUGCGGAACCUAGCCGGAGUAGCCUGUGGAUACAUAAUAUGGCAGAAUUCAACUGAGGACACCUGGUACAACAUGGUACAAAUCGAAAGCGUCAAGCAAGUGAAAAGGAGCGAUGAUUACCUUGAAUUUUCCUACGUGGUUUUAAUCCAUGACAUUGUCUCCCAGGAAAUCAUCCCUUGGCACAUGCAAGUUCUCUGGCACCCACAGCAUGGAGUGAAAGUAAUACGGAAUAGUCGCCAGCCAAAACGCGCAGCACAAGAUUAGCAAAAUGUCUUCAAUGCUCCUAUUAGAGGUUAUGAAAAUAAUCCUCCACGUACAGCUAGAAUAAGUGUGACGCCACAGGCUCUCUUAGGCUCACAUUCCAUCUAUACGGUUCGGACCAAAGGCAACAUCCCCAGCCCUCCCUCAUCGUAGUGGAUACUUACGGUACCGGUGCCACAAUGCACUCUCUGAAGGCUACUUUGGGCUUUCCCAUAACACAAGGACAGCCAUAUUCUCUUUCCAUUCUCUAGAUGAAGAAAGGAAAACACACAAAAAAGUACACUGAUUACAAUGGGCUGCCAGAGGGACAAAAUCUAGUAGAAGAAUGCAAAUUUAUCUUGAAUAUUAUUUACAAGCAUAGGGGAAAUGGCAAGCGUGAAGUCUGAUUGUUCAGAUGAUGUUUUCUUAUUAAAAAUGCCUUCUUACAUGUACACCAGCUAUAAAGCUCCCCCCCAUUCCAACUUUUUAAACAGAUAAAUUUUUAUAGUCAUAGAGUACAUGAUAUGGUUCAAACCCUGUAAUUGUGAAUUCUCUUCUCUCACAACAAACGGGAUAUGAAGAAAUUGUAAGCACAAAUCCAGCUGUGGGUUUGGGGCCUGCAUUGUAUAGCUAUCCUCAUCCAUAGCAGCUCUGGAAGCAGUUUUCAGUUAACACAGGAUGCUGUUUAAAUGCCAAGUUAAGAGGAACAUUCCACUAGGGAAACCCAGAAUCAUGUUUCUCCAGUGUAGUCUUUAGCAAUCAAUCACCUGAGCAUAGAUCUCCAGAUGCAGUUCUCCCAUUCCUGAAACUAUGGUCUCCUUGCUCUCGUUGUCAAAAUGAACUCUGAAAGUAGGAUCUUCUCUGGUGAACCGGUUAAUGCCUUUUGAAAACUUAUCCAAAUCAUUCUAACAAGCAGGGGAGAAAGAUCCACAACAUUAUCCACAGUAUCAGUUAAUAUUGUUCAGUUAUAAGAGAAUCAUAGAGGUGGAAGAUACCUCCAGAGUCAUUUAGUCUUAACUCCUUGCACAAUACAGGGAAUUCACAAAUACCUCCCCCUAAAUUCAUAGGAUCAUCAUUGCUGUCAGAUGGCCAUCUAGUCUCUGUUUAAAAACCUCCAAAGAAGGAGAGUCCACCACCUCCUGAGGAGGUCUGUUCGAAUGAGGAACUGCUCAGUCAGUACGAUCUUCGUAAUGUUUAGUCAAAAACUCUUUCUGAUUUAAUUUCAGUCCAUUGGUUCUGGUCCAGCCUUCUGGAUCUAUAAAAAGCACAGCACCACCCUCUAUAUGACCAAAAGAUUUUGUUUCUGGCAAGAACCUAUCAAUGGGCAACUGAGCAGUUUCCUUAAACCAUUCGUAUGCAUGAAACACACAGGCUUCAGAAUAUCACCAGAUCUUUAGAUACCACAUUUUUAUCCCAGUCUUUCUCCAAGAAGCUCAAGAUACCUGAUUUUCUUUUCCUCCAUUUUAUCUUCACAGCAACCCAUGAGGUAGAUGAGGCUGACAGUGUGUGAAUAGCACAAGGGCACCACGUGAUCUGUGGGGGACUUGAACCUGGACCUUUCCAGUCUUAGCCCAACAGUUCAACACUACACCACAGUGGUUCAACUGGGAACCUCUCACCUUUGACCACAACAUUAUCCCUGGUACACAGUCCAUCGGCAGAAGGGGAGCCCUCACACUGGAAAAUGUGGCCCAUUUUCCAGAAGAAAAGGUAGUCAGUGUGGAUAGCGAUUACUUUCAGAUUAGCAAUAGAGAGACUCUGGUUCAAACCCCCAACCUGCUAUGAACUUCACUAAGUGCUCUUAGGCCAGUCAAACACAAGCAGCCCAAUCUGCCUUACAGGAAUCUUGUGAGAAUAAAAGGGCAUUGUGGGUCAAGAAACACGUAUGCCACCCUCCACUCCUCAAAGGAAGGCUGUGACAAAAAUUUAAAAAUUAAAACACUUGUACAGUUCAAUAAAUGCAAAUGCAUCUUGCUAUUUUUCUUUCUAGAAACCCAACAUUCCAUCUCAAACUAAGGAAGCAAUUUACUAAUGGCCAUUGUUCAGAGACAUACCUUGUUGGAUGGCUUCAUUGCUACAGAGAUGACAGGAUCAGGGACAUGAAUAGAUUCCUAGAAAAAAGCCAUAAAAUACCACUUUUCACCAUGAAAACAAUCUUUGCAGAAAUUCUGGGAUCCCAGGAGUGAUCUUUCCAGGGGCUGGGAAAAAUUGCAGCAAUUGCAAAGGACCAUGGGAACCCUCCAUACACAGAUGUUUUUUGGUGUAAAUGUAAAUGAGUUUGGUAGCAGCUUAAACACUACCUGACAUUAUUCCAGCAAUAAGCUUUCAUGAGUCAAAGCUCACUUCACCAGAAGCAUAUGGUAUCUAAUAAAUACUGGUAGUCUUUAAGGACCAACUCGAGUCCUGUUUAAUUUCGCUACACCACAUGACCCCAGCUAAUGCUCGAGAAUCAGGUUUUGAAGAGGCAUGCCAGAAAAUGCAAAGAGCGAAUGCAGCAAUCAUGUUUAUAAUGCUGGUCGAUUGGGGAGCUGGGGUUGGUGGCAGUGCCCUUAUAAGAGCACACCACUUUGAAAAGCUGGCUUGUCACAGGUGAAAUGACUAACAUGCACUUCAUUCCCCAUCUGUCAGUAAACUGCAACAAAAUAUUCCCAUGACUGUUGCUUUCUUCACUGCGGGGUGGUGGUGGUGGUGAAAGAAAAUUCUCAAGCCUGGGGCUUGUUUUCCCACUCUCCCUUCUGGAAGCAUCUUGUAUCUCUGGAGAUGGGAGAGUAUCAGAAUUUUGAGCACAGUUUUAUGUUUUACAGAACCUGUAACCAUAUUUUAAAUACAGGAUAUCUGCCGCCUUGUACAUUGGUGGCCCUGCGCUUUCACACCGGCUGUUUUUAGAACUAUUGUCAGUAUGAGCUUAUAUACCCCUUAAUCUUUAUGGAUUUUGUAAUAGUUGUAACAGCAUUCUGAAAAUAAAAAUAAAAAAUAAACUACUUCUUA